AUGGACAUUACAGAUCGGGAAAGAAGAUUGGAAAAGUCAAAUGUGAGCAAUGAUCCUAAAGGACUGUCUGAAAGCAAUGUCAUAGAGAAUGUUGCAACAACAUCUAAAGACAAUGUGACAGAAAAGGACUCAGCAACACCGGAAGAGUCCUCUAACCCUAAUAGGGUCCUUAAGGUUUUCCCUUUAAGGACGAUUAGCAGUGACGAAGUAAAGGCCACAAAGCCUAAAACGACUCAUGCAAAACGACCCAAGGAGGGUAUUCACAACAAGGGUAUCAAAUCCUCAGCAUCUUCUACCAUGGAGAAACUUACUAAAGAAGGAUCCAAGUAUGUCGAUAGUGCAAUUACCAGGAUUGUCAAUCGUAUUCUGAAGGAGAAUCAUCAAGUGCCUGGAAUAUCUAUUCCUCUUCAAACCAUAAUGGCUGAUCCCCUCAAUAACACCAGUAAGGCUGAGGCUGUUCACACCGUUGAUAGUGACCUAGAAAUCAACAAGGAUGAACAAGGGGUUACUAAGAAUACCAAUGUCACCGAGGAUGUCAAUGACAUUGAAAAUAAUGAUCACCCUAAGGCCAGUACUGAAACUGAUACUAAUGUGGUAAAAUUAGAUGAGUACUCUGACGACGAAUUACUUACCUCCUUGAAUCCGAGUGUAGCCAACAGGCUAAUGACAAGAAGAAAAGGCAAAGUUGUUGUUCAAGGAUCACCAAAAGGGAGCACUCAAGUGAACAACCCUACCAAAGACACUGUAAAAAAGGAGAGUACUUCUAAAGGACCUGUCAAGAGCAAAGCUGUUACCAAAAGUAAAGGGGUUGGUCCUUCAAAAUCUUGGAGCAGGGCCAUUCCAAAGAAAAGAAAAGAGCGGGAAAUUGUUGAACCUGAAUCUGAUGUUGAAGUAAAUGUCCCUGACAUUCCAUCAAGGAAGAAGCCUACAACCAGUAAGCUUGCUGCUAGUAUCCUUGAAGUUCCCAUUGAUAAUAGAUUGGCUGUUGAAAGGGAAUUGGCUCCAAAUGCUCUUGAAAUCAAGGAGGUCUUAGAGCUGAUUCAAGAAGCUGGACUUCUAAAAACUGUGUGCAAUCUUCCCAAAUGUUAUGAGAAGCUGGUCAAAGAAUUUGUGGUAAACCUAUCUGAAGAUUGUGGCAAUAGCAGAAGUGCAAACUACAGAAAGGUGUUUGUAAGAGGUAAGUGUGUAUCGUUCUCUCCUUCUGUGAUUAAUAAAUUCUUGGGAAGAACAGAUGAAGCUCAAACUGAGCUGGAAGUAACAGACAACCAAGUCUGUCAAGUGAUCACAGCCAAGCAGGUAAAAGGCUGGCCCAUGAAAGAUAAGCUAACUGCAAGUAAGCUGAGCAUCAAGUAUGAAAUGCUUCACAAAAUAGGAGCAGCUAAUUGGGUUCUAACAAAUCACAAGUCCACUAUCUCAACUAUGCUUGGUAGAUUUCUGUAUGCUGUAGGAACAAAGGCAAAGUUUGAUUAUGGAGCAUACAUUUUUGACCAAACCAUGAAGCAUGCUGGAAGCUUCAGUAUUAAGGGUCCAAUUGCCUUUCCAUCCCUCUUGAGUGACAUUGUCAUGACAUCAGUUGAAACUUCCAAAUCUGGAGCAUCUGUCAGUAAAGCAGAAGUCAUAGCAAUACUAAAAGAGACUUGCAAAGAACUGGAAGCUAGAAAAAUGUCUCUUGAACAAAUGCUACGUACUCUGGAAAUGGAUGAGAAUGAGGAGUUUGCAGAUAUAGAAGAGAUGGAAGAUAAAGAUGAUCAAGAAGUGGAAGAAGAAAGUGCUAGUCCUGCUGAUGACUUUGAGAAAGAAAGUUCUUCAGACACCUCAGCUGGUUUUGACUCUGAGCAGUAA